AGCGAUGGUCAGAAUAAAUAGCUCUUUAGCGUUUACUAGUAAAACACAGGAGAGGAACCACACAGAAAAAUGUGGCGAACGGCAAAGAAAGUUCUGCCUCCGAUAGAGAAGCGAGAGGAAACGGAAAAAUUAGAAGAAUUAUUUGACUUCAGCGCCGAGCAGAUAGCGGGGUUUAAAGAGGCAUUCUCUGCAUACGAGGAUAGCAACGGGGACGUCACUGUGGAACAGUUGGGGAUGGUACUGGAAAGGGUCGGUCAAAACUGUACCAAUGACCAACUCACGGCCCUAAUGGAGAGGGCUGACCUGGACAAGACAGAAAAGAUCAAUUUCUUGGAAUUUCUCACCGUGAUGGAGAAGAGAACAGAGAAGACAGACGCCUCUGUCGUCAUCAGCGAAGCCUUCAGAACAUUUGACACGAAUGGCGACGGCCAUCUGAGUGUGGAAGAGUUACGUCACGUGAUGACGUGUCUGGGCCAGCCAAUGACAGACGAGGAGGUGGAGAACAUGAUCCGGCUGGCCGACAUGGACGGAGAUGGAAAGAUCAACUACGCCGAAUUCACUGCUAUGAUGUCGUCAGAUGAAUAUGACUGAGAUGUGCUGUACGCAAAUACAUACAUUUAUGUUUGUGCCCCCCUCCCCCCAUGACGACAUCUUCAACAUGAGUUAGUACACAGACCAGAGAAAAACUCCAAGUACUUCGAGCUAGUUCAUGUCUAGUUCCUGCCAUUAUCAAACGACUUAACCUAAAAGUGGUCAGAGUCCGAAAUGGGAGUUUAUUGCGAUAAAGGUACAAAUUUGGA